UUAAUUUUGACGUCACAUUAGGGAAUUCCACUUCCGGUAUUGCGUGUCAGGAAAGCCGAGAUGUCUAAAGUUACAUUCAAGAUAAUUUUGACUUCGGAUCCAAAACUGCCAUACAAAGUUCUUAGCGUACCAGAGGGAACUCCUUUCACAGCUGUACUCAAGUUUGCUGCAGAAGAGUUCAAGGUACCAGCAGCCACUAGUGCUAUUAUAACAAACGAUGGAAUCGGGAUCAACCCGGCACAGAGUGCUGGAAAUGUGUUUUUGAAGCAUGGAUCAGAAUUGAGACUUAUACCAAGAGACAGAGUCGGGUCUAUAGGAAAAUGAAAUUGUCGUUAUACUUUAGAUUUAUUUAAAUUGGACAAUGAAAAUCUCCAGUGUCAAAGGAUGAUUUCUACUGAAUAAAAUGGUGAUGGAAAAUGGAUACUUACAACAAUUUGGUAACGCACUCUUUUCAUCCCACCCUAUGUAUACCAACUGGGAUUUGUCCAGAACAAUCAACUGAAAAACAUUCAUCAUGUUCUGGAGUGACUAAACCAUUUGACACCUACAUUCCUUGUGCAAAGGAUUUAGUUAUUUCCUAUUCAAAAAGAAUUCUCAAACAUUUUGAUGAUUUGGUGAAAUUUUGGGAGACUAGGUUUUACUUAUUAAAUGAUGAUUUGGUUGUUAUAUAAGAACAAUUAGUUUAACAUACAGCUUUAAAAUGUAAAUUAUGAAAUAUCAACAAAGUACAACUGUUCAUGCUGAAAGAAAUGUAGAUUGAAAUAUAUAUAUAUAUAUAUAUAUAUAUAUAUACUGACAAUAGUUUAUAAGGUUAACUUGAAAUGUAAAUGAAAAUAUCAAGAAAUAUUGGUAAAACAAUAAGGAUUCUAUUCAUUAUGUAACAAUCCCCUGGUUUGGAUUGAUUCUAUUAUAAAGGGGAGAUAACUAUUAACAUGUUUUUGUUAGUAUUUUUAUAUCAUAAAAUCAUUCAUAUGUAAUUCACACACGUGCAAUGAGGGUAUUGAUGUCCACACUGACGUUACUGCAGUAACAAAGUUGUUUCAGGUGUAACAUUUUCAAUAUUUAUUUGCAUAUGUUAUGUGUGGCUUGCAAAUUCAAAGUUACCAUGAAAUUCAAGCGUCUGAAAAAAAUGAAUUGAUAUCAAUUUCUUGACUGUUUUGACUUGUUAUGCCUAUGUUAUGCUUUACCUGCUCUUUACACUUAAAAUUCAGAUCAGUGGUAUAUAUGAGAGGUUCUGCAAUUGAUUGGCCCCUCUCCCCCUAAAUUAAUUGUCGAACUUCAGUAGAACAACUCAGUAUAUACUAGUACAUUUACUGGUACUAUAUAUCAUAGCACUAAAAGUAAGUCGUUUUAUAAAUGAAGUCUGAGAAUAACUAGGUAAGGGGGGAGUGAUCAAUCAAGUAAAGCACCUGUGAUAUGUAUUUUGUUUUUGUACUGCUCUGUAUUGUUUUGACUCUAGUCUGAUCAUAUAAUGCCUAUCAUCAACCAUAAAAGAUAUACCAGACAUGUAAAGUUAUGUUAAUUUAAAAUUUAAUCUCGAGAAUUUAGCAUACAUUUUCAAAGCUCAUCAAUCUUCGCUAGUAUUGACAACAUGAAGAGACCGUACCAAGACCUUUCCUUGUUGCAGGUUUACUUGAUCAGACUUCUGACAAAAAUGUUUAAAUUGUCUUUUCAUAUUAAAUGGUGUCCUAUGCUCAUGUGCUUAUACUUGGAACAAACUGCAAAUCAAUCUUAUUUUUAGUAACGAAGAAAUGUAAUCCAGAUUAAAACUGGACAUGCUCUAUAAAGACAAUUUCAAAAUGAACACACUUGUAGCCACAAAAUAAUUAGCGUUGUUCUUGUACGCUUCACAGUUCCAUUAUCAUUUUGUGUAUCGUUACUUUCAUUAAUUCAACUUCAAUUUAUAGCAAAUAUUAGAAAUUGGUUGUAAAAUUCAAGAAAUAUUAUUUCCUUUUGUAUUUCAAUUGAAGAAUCUAAAUGGGUUUAAUCAUAUCAAUAGAAGAAAAAACUUUUUUUUCUGACUUUAUAUGAUGAUUGUACAAAAUAUGACAUUUUAAUGUCUUAUUGGUAUGGUAUACUAAUGUUAUGUAAGAAAUGAAUUGUUAUAAGGUAUUUUAAUUCUAAAAUAGGAAAAAAAGUUUGCAACAAAUAUGUAGUAAACUUUCAAAAUAAAAUUCUGC